AUGGAUAUAAAAGCGAGGUCAAAAGCGAUGCGAGAGAUUCUAACUCGCCUCGUCGAGCGUGCACGCGGCGGAGUGGAAGUAAAGGUUUUCGGGGAUAAGGUCAUUCUCGACGAAGACGUUGAGAGCUGGCCAAGAUGUGAUGUCCUUAUCUCGUUCUUCUCUACCGACUUCCCGCUAGACAAAGCUAUCUCCUAUGUCAAGCUGCGAAACCCACACUGUAUCAAUGACCUGAUUCCCCAAGCACUCCUCUGGGACCGUCGCCUCGUCGGUCAAGUCCUCGAUCACCUCAAGGUCCCUACACCCUCACGGCUUGAAGUCUCUCGUGACGGCGGCCCAAAGGUUGAUAAGGAGCUCAAGGAGUACAUGAAGAAAAAGCUCGGUAUCGACCUCGGCACGUUCCAGGUGACGCCCGAGGUCGUAUUGCGUGAAGACGGAGACGCGAUCGUCGUCGAUGGCAAGGUCCUAGAGAAGCCAUUUGUGGAGAAGCCUGUGAGCGGCGAGGACCAUAACGUGUACAUUUACUUCAAAGGGGGAGGGGGAAGACGGCUGUUCAGAAAGGUCGGGAAUAAGAGCAGUGAAUUAGACCCAACGCUGACCGAACCGCGAACGGACGGCUCGUAUAUUUACGAAGAGUUCAUCGACGUUGAUAACUCUGAAGACAUAAAGGUCUAUACCGUCGGCAGAGAAUACACUCAUGCGGAGACCCGCAAGUCUCCUGUCGUGGAUGGAGUCGUGCGACGCAAUACGGAGGGCAAGGAGAUCCGAUUCAUCACUCACCUCAGCGACGAGGAAAAGUCGUGGGCCGCCAAGAUAUGCGAAGGGUUUGGUCAGAGGGUGUGUGGCUUUGACAUGUUGCGCUGCGAUAACGGGACGCGCAGCCAGGUGAUCGACGUGAAUGGAUGGAGUUUCGUCAAAGGGAACGAGUCCUAUUAUGAUAAAGCCGCAGAAAUUCUCUCUACGCUGUGUGGUAGAGUGUCCGCAUCGCCAGAUAGGUCGCUCGUUGCCGCCGAAUCGCCACUUCCAGAAUCGUCUACCUGGCUGCUCAAAGCGAACGUCACCGUCUUCCGACACGCCGACCGCACGCCGAAACAAAAGCUCAAAUUCAACUUCCCCAUCGGCGAGAUAUGGACACAACCCUUCGUCCGUCUCCUCAAUGGUGAGAGAGAGGAGAUCAUCCUGCGAGAGCAGGAGCAACUGAGGUGGAUUGCCGGCGCCGUCGAGGAGGCGAAGAGUCUCGGUGCGGACGGGGAGGAUCUGACGAAGCUGACGCUGUUGAAUACCGCACUGUUCAGUAAGAUAGAAUUGCCGGGUACGAAGGCGCAGUUGAAGCCGGUGUACUCGAAGAAGCAGGCGGGUCAGGAGAGGAAAUUGACGAAAUUGACGCUCGUGUUCAAGUGGGGAGGCGAGUUCACGCACUCUGCGAGAUAUCAGUCGAGGGAUCUCGGAGAGAAUAUGAAAAAGGAUAUUUCGAUUAUGAACAAGGAGGCGCUAAGCAACGUAAAGAUAUUCACCUCCUCCGAGCGCAGAGUGAUCGCCUCCGCAGAAAUAUUCGCAGCCGCUCUCCUCGACAACCCCCCAGCGAACUAUUCCGCCAAUUCGACACCAAGUUCGAGAUCCUCUAACGAUGGUUACCGCGACUCGAAACCUCCCACACCACCACGAGAACCACUGAAGCUCAUUGUGCGCAAGGACCUGCUCGAUGAUUCGAAUGCUGCCAAAGACUUGAUGGAUGAUGUCAAGAAGCGGCUGAAGAUCCUUCUGCGGCCUGGAGAGCCGGAGAAGAGGCCUGAGCUGACGUGGCCAAAGAGUAUGAAGAAAGAGCCUGUAGAGGUUGUCAGGGAGGUUAUCGAGCUACUGAGCUCUUUCCGGGAUACUAUGCGGAAGAAUUUCGAGUUGUUCGACGUGGACAAGAUCCAAGAACGAUGGUGCUGCGGCGACGAACCUUGGCUUUUCCGAGAACGCUGGGAAAAACUCUUUGAAGACUUCUGCGACGUCAAACCCGAAAAAUUCGACCCAUCCCGCGUCUCUGAGUUAUAUGACACUAUCAAGUACUGCGCGCUUCACCACCGUGCAUUCCUGUUCGCGAUUUUCGACGAGAAGUCGUCGAAGGAUCAUGUGCAGCAGCAGGAUCGGAAACUGCAUGAGCUCUAUGGGAGGGCGAAAGCGCUUUUUGAUCUUGUGGCACCACAGGAGUAUGGGAUCGAUCCGGAUGAGAAAGAGGAGAUCGGCGUGCUUACGUCGCUUCCACUCCUGCGGAAUGUGGUCGACGAUCUCGAGAAUGCAAGGAAUAACGGCGGGAGCUCCCUGACGUGCUAUUUCACGAAGGAGAGUCAUAUACAUACGCUCGUCAAUCUCGUCCUACUAUCCGGUCUGCCAAUCGCGAACCGGAGGAUACCUGAGCUUGAUUAUGCUCUCUACGAGCGCAACCAUGGCCGCGGAAAAUCCGACAAGGAAUAUUCCAUCAAGCUCUCGCUUAGCGAAGGCGCACACUCAUCCAACGUCCUUGACUCUGCGCUCGAUGCAAGACAUUCACUCAACGUGCAGCCGAGACGGAAACUCACACAGCACCUACCGUACAGCCUUGUCAUCUCGAAGUUGUCAAAACAUUUCGGUAGACAGAUCGAAAUGGAUGACGAUGCGGCGGCGCCGGAGGUUAUUGAGGCACUCAGCACGCCUGUGGCCAACGAGAGUAGCAAGGAUUUCCCUUGA